AUGUGUUUCAUUAUUCCGGCUGUUUGUUGUGGUAGAUCAUCUGCAUACUGUAUGGUUGUAGGAACCAUUGGUUCUGCGGCUCCGGAAUAUGUUCAAACUGGACGCCUCACAGCCAAGUGCGAUGUGUGGAGCUAUGGAGUCUUCCUAUAUGAAUUAAUCACAGGUAGGCCAUCAUGGGACCGAAACCGCCCCAAGGGUGAACAGAAGCUCUUGGAAUGGGUGAGGCCAUACCUGUCAAACAGGAAUAAAUUCCGGCUCAUAUUGGAUCCAAGGUUCGAGGGGAAGUACUCCCUUAAGUCCGCACAAAAGCUUGCAACUGUUGCAAAUAGAUGCUUGGUACGGCAUUCAAAAGCACGCCCCAAGAUGAGCGAGGUGUUGGAGAUGGUGGACCAUAUUGUGGCAGCAACAGAUAUUGGAAGCCCUCAAUCAGUGGUGAUUAAUUUGCCGUCGAAAGGUGCUUUGGAAGAAUCCAGCUCGAAGAGAAGGAUUGCAGAUUUUAGAAUUGGUAAAAAUAGGUUGUCGGUUUGGUGUAUGUGAGCACCAAAGCUCAUAAGAACGGCGCUGAUUGGAAGAAAUAUUAGGAAAGGGACCUUCAUAGACGGGCAUAUCUGCGAGGAAAGAAGAGUUUCAUCGUGAUGUUUAUCAGUACUCUGCAGAUGACAGAUAUCAUGUCCACUAAAGUUUGCUAUGUUAGGUGAGGCAAUGGUAUAUUGAAUGCUUCCUUUUCCAGAUAGAUAACAGGUAUGUCAAAGGCAAA